CUCCAAGUGGGGUAUGGAAUUUGAGGUUCAUAUCUCACCACUUCCACUCUCUGGAUAAGAGAAGAAUCCAGUGAACAAAUUUCCAUUGGACCAAAUAUUUCCUGAGUUGUCUUUAAUCCACUCUCCAAUUCCUUCUAGCACAACAGAUCCUGAACCCCCAGCAGAAGAAAAAAUAAACUAAAAAUCAUCAAUGGCAGCAACUAUGGCUACAACAAUGGCAAUCCUGCACGCAAAGUGUUCGACGAUUUGCUCUUCCAAAAACAGCAACCCCACCAAGAUAUUUUCAAAACCCACUUCCCUUCUCUCCCUUCAAAACAUCCCAAAAGGUCUAACCAUCUCAAAACCAACUGAUCAGCUCCAAUCAUCAUCUUCCCUCGCUGGAGCUGCAAUUGCUGGAGCAAUAUUUUCCAGCUUGAGCUCAUGUGAUGCGGCCUUUGCAGCCCAACAAAUCGCUGAGAUUGCCGAAGGAGACAACCGUGGGAUUGCUCUGUUGCUCCCAAUUAUUCCCGCAAUUGCGUGGGUCCUGUUCAACAUUCUGCAACCAGCACUGAACCAGAUCAACCGCAUGAGAACCACAAAGGGGCUUAUAAUUGGGCUUGGACUUGGUGGUUUGGUUGGUCUGAUGGGGACACCAGAUGCAUCUGCUAGUGAGAUUGCUAUGAUUGCUGAUGUUGCUGCCACCAGUGACAACAGAGGUCAGCUGCUGCUGUUUGUUGUUGCACCUGCGAUUCUGUGGGUUCUGUAUAACAUUCUACAACCUGCUUUGAACCAGAUCAACAGGAUGAGGUCUGAGUGAUUUGGGUUUGGUUGUGAUAGUACAAAUUAAGUUACUUUGUAAUUGAACAAAAUCACCCUUUAUGAUAAUGAAGUUUCUACUCUCUUUCGCUCU